CUGGGGACAAUGGCACACAGUCUGAUUAAAAGCAUAUACAAUUAUCACGCAUCUUUUUUGCAGAAUCAUGGAUUUUCAAUUCAGUUUUUGCGUCUUUUAUUGGACAUUCUUUGUUUUUUGUUUAAUGAGAUGUGGACCACUGAAUCAAGAGAAUGAAAUGGUCACCCCGUCUACGAAAAACAUCCCUGUAUCAGAGCAGAAAUUACUCAGGAAUUUUAUGGACGCGCUCGACAGAUUAGACCAUGAUAAAUAUUCCGACAUUUCAUUUCAUUCUAUAGAAAACGUGAAUGGUGAGUACGAAUUCGACAUCAGCGAACUUCUGGCUGACCAUGACGUCACAGGGGUGGAUCUCAUCUGGACAACAUCUAUAUAUAACUCCUGUCGGUUCUUAUGGGCGGGGAAUGACAUCAUAGGAUUACAUGGAAGACGCAUUAACAGCUUUGUUUUCUUUGAUUUUAAUCACCUGUUCGCAAUGGAGCGCUCCUCUAAACUGAUUAAAAUUCGAUUGUUGCCAACACCGAAUUGCCCCCUUCAAAACAAACCGACAAACUCGUUUUUGGUGAUCUACAGAAACUUAUCGAAAGGUCCUGUGCUUCAAAAAUUACAGGAGUUGAGGAUUUCAAGAAUUAAACGAGAUUCAAAAUCUUUACAGCCAUUAGGCACAAAGUACAUUAAUAAGCUAAAAAGGGAGGUAAAAUCCAACACAAAAGAUCCCGGGUGUCACCUCGUUCCCUGGACCGUGGAUUUUAUCCGGUUGCAGUGGGAUACAUUUAUCGUUGCUCCGGUGAUAUAUGAGGCCAACGCUUGUCAAAGGACCCGUGCUCAAUGUAAACAAACAGAAACAUACUGCUUACAUUCUAGAUCAAAGAAACCAUCGAAUUAUGAAGUUCUGAGACAUAUUUACAGUACACAACUUGGCGUUUCACCUCCUGGAAACAGUUCUUGCAAACCAUCUAAAUACGGAUCACUGACCAUGAUGUUAUAUGACAGAGACCGUGACCUUUAUGAAAUAAGAAUCGUGCCAAACAUGCGUGUCUUGGAGUGUGAGUGUUCUACAUGUAGCUUGGGUUGAUUCUUGCUGUUAUAGUGUUAAGUGGAAGAGGACCUUAAAUUAAUCAUUUUACCAUGAUUUCAUGUCUGUUUCUGAAAAAGGAAAAUCCACCCUGUUCCUUUUCAUAGUAAAUAGUGAAAAAAGUAAAAUAAAAAAAAACAUGCAAACUUUUGUUUUGUUUGUAAAACUGUAUAAAGGGAUUGUAUAAAUUGUCUGAAAAACGCUCA